AAAAAAAAAAAAAUAAAAGCUCUGUAUUUGUUGUUACUCUAUCAUGGUAUUCAAUAACUGCAAUACUUAUUAUUAAUUAAGUUCUAUAUAUAUAUAUAUAUAUAUUUUUUUUUUAAAUUUCAAUUAAUAAACAGAGUAAGUGCAUAUCAAUUAUUUAUACUACCCAAAUUUAUUAGGUCAUUUACAUGUUACUCAAUGGACAAAAAAGUAAGAAAAAAAAGUAAAAUCAUGGAAAAUAGUUUACUAGAAGCAAUCAAGUCUGGCAACAUGGGAUGCCAUUCAGAGUUGACCAUCAUACCUAUAUCACAAAGUACAAAAACUAAUAGUCAAUAUGCAGUUUCUUCUACUUCUCCUCAGAGUACCGUGUCAUUAUCGCUUGUUCCAAAUUCAAGCGGUGGUAAAUCAAAAAAUAAACACUCUUUAUCAUCCAAUGCCCAAGGAGGUGCUCCACGUAAACGUGGAAAAUCCAGUAUGCCUCCAUUAAACCAUAUGACCUAUGAUAUGAACAAUUAUAAUCCUCUUUUGGACUUAACGAUGAAUCGAAAACAUUAUCCUAAUUAUAAUGCUCAACCUGAACAACAAUGGCCAUUUAAUUUACCGUUCAACUAUCCUGAAUUAUUAAUGAAUUUUAAUCAGGUUAAUAAAAGGAAACCAUAUUCUUAUGAACAAACUCAACAAACUAAAGAAAAGACUGCAGUAAACUAUAACAAAGAAAACACUCAAAAUAAAACAAAACAUUAUAAACAUGAACAUAUGCCCCCACCAACUUCUAAUACUAGUACUUCUACUACUACUGCUUCAGAUCGAAUAUCAGGACAGUUAGAAAAUGUAGAAAAAACAUUUGAUAUUGAUUCUUUAAGUAGUGAAGAUGGUUGGGCUAAAUAUAGAGAGUUAUUGGGGGUUAUUGAAGAAAUGUCAGGGUCUAUUAGACCAAUUUAUACAGGUUGUAAGAACUCUACAGAACGAUUGAAAAAAUCAAUUCAUAAAGCUAAAGCAUUAGUGAGUGAAUGUUUAAAAGAAGUAGAAAAAGUAUCAAGACAGCUUUAAAUAUCACACAUAUUUUAUAGAUAAAUAAUUAAUACAUUAUGAAUAAAAUUAUUGGCAUUUAUAUAUUCUGCAGCAAAAUAAAUUAAAUUAUGAUUUUGAAAACCACUAUAAGUUAUAGAUCAAAGAAAUUUUAAUGUUAAUUGAAUUUUAAUUAUAUUCGUUUUGGCAA